AUGGUGAUAAGGGCCACUUGGGCAGAUACGCGGGCGGGGCCUGUUGUCUCUGCCGUGAUUGUAUUGUUUUGCCAGACGCUUGCUCUGACAUCAUCAGCCAAGCCGAGUCGUGGUCUGCAAAGCAUCGCGGUCCAAGGAUCCAAGAUCCAGCCAUGGACGGGAGUCUCGUGCAUCAACUUGUCGCUGCACUCGCAGUUCGAUAUCGAGACAUUUCCAGAGUAUCCGCCUGAAGCCAAAGAGAGUUACCUCGCCCGUGCCAUCACCGGCUUCAUCCCAGACCUUAUCGAUGACACCACAUCGACGUGUAGCGUUUACGUCCCAGUCUUGCCAGGCAGUACCUUUUGGAUCAGCUACUCGGUCGAGCCGCCGGUGCCUACUGGCCACUACUUCCUGUUCAAGCUCUACAUCAAUGGCGCGCACAUCGUAAGCUUCUCCACUGGGAAAGAAGACGGAUGGGAGGGCAAGACCAUGUUUGGCCUGUUCGAAAGCAGUGAGAGUAGCGAGGACAGGAAGCGAGUAGAGAAGCGAGUACUCGCUUUCACGCCACCAGACAGCAGGGACCACAUGUGGAAGGACGUUGCCGACGUUCACGACAAGACGGCGCGCGUCGAAGUCAGGGUACACCGAGCCAAUGCAAGAAAACGGGUGGAAAGGGUGUUUGAGGAGUACACAAAGACACCGCAUGCAAAGCACAGCAGGGGCGUCAGACUUGUCAGUGCUGGCCGUGCUGGGCCGGAGCAGCCGAAACGCUUCUACAAAUUUGCACUCAUUGAUCCCAUCGACCAGCCCUUUGCGACCUUUCGCUACUACUACCGCACUUGGGACCAGUUACGAGAGCUGGGGCUGCUCGAGCCGGGUGAGGCCAUUGCCAGCGAAGACGACAAUCUACCCGUCAUUGAACCACUGGAUACUUCACCCACUGGUAAGCGAAGCCUAAGCAAGCAGCUGGCCAGUCAACAGUGCGAAGAUGUGUUCCUCGACCGCAGUCAUGACAGCAUUACACAGGACGCUGGGUCUAAACCUGCCUGUAUCAAGGCAUCCACCGCGGACGCGGUGGCACCUCCUAGGCGCAGCUCCAUUCGCAUCGUGGAUGCCAAUGGGAUAGCAGGCUUACUUACCAUGGGUACUUCGGUACGCCGAGCCAGUAAGACCUCGAACCAGCCCAGAACCUAUAUUCCAAGCGGUACUCCAGAAGUCGACAAGAGCUCGCCUGAUAUGCAUGCGGAGAAGAGGAAUAAUAGUAAUAAUGAAACGGCGUCCCAGCGUAGCAGCUCUGUCUCUACACCUCCCCAUUUCUACCGUCUGUCCAUUCCACCUUCGAUCAGGCUGGCACCGCCCGAUGCAGCAUCGGCGCCAUGCCCAGUGCCAGCAUGUAGAAGUGAGUCAGCCUCGUCGACAGCUUACCGUCCUCACCCAGCAUUCGCGGUUGACGAAUGGAAGAAGCGGACUCCAAGUCCUGUAAGGGGCGUCAGAGAGAGCAUUACAACACCGCCAAUGGUAAAGGCCAGUGAACGAGCUGGUUUGAUGUUUAGGAAGAUGCUCCCGGCGGCUUGGAGACGCCGGACCGUCUCAGGUCCAAGUGCUGCCAGUCCAGCGACCGGGAGGGUGGGAGCGCGCAGUGCAACAUGA